AUGCAGGACGCGCGCCGUGGCGUGCUGGGCGCGCCCCCGGCCGCCGGGGGCCAGGCCACCACGCCGGUCUCCUCUACCUCCUCCUCCUCGCACUCCAAAUCGCUGGCCUUCUCAAUCGAGCGGAUCAUGGCCCGGACGCCCGAACCCAAGGCGGUGCCUUUGCCCGGAUGGUUCCGCCCGGCGGCGGCGCCGGCGUCUGGGUUGCCCGACGUGUGUCCGUCCUCGCUGCACUGUAUGAUUCCGCUGGUUCCGCUCGGUUACGCGGACGCGACUGCCCAGCACCGGCUCGCCCUGCACGGCGGCCUGGACUCAAUAGCGGCGGCGGACGUCCCACCCGCGACGGCGACGGACCUUCUCGGGUUCGGACUCAAUGAACCUGCCCGAAACCAGUCGGACGGCGGUCGCUACAAACUGUUCCGGCCCCGCGUUGUCACUCAGUCGUCGUUCCCAUCCAGAGGCACCGUGUGCUACCUGAACUGCGGGAGCGGAGCCGGUGGCGGAGCCGGUUCCGGGGACGCCGCUUCGGCUGGGCUCCUUAACCUGCACCCAAUGGCAUCCUAUCUGCUGGCCGGCAGGCACAAGCCGGGGCCGUUGCCCUACCAAGCAACGCAGAACCAACUGCAGAACCUGAUUAAGGAGCGAGACUUUGGGGAGAAGCUUCUCAAGAACUCCACCUCCUCCGCAGCCGUGGCGGCGGCCGCGGCGGCGGCGGCAGCGGCGGCGGCGAGACUUGGAGGAAGCAAACCCAAAGUGUUCACCUGCGAAGUCUGCGGAAAAGUGUUCAACGCGCACUACAACCUGACCCGCCACAUGCCUGUGCACACGGGGGCGCGCCCGUUCGUCUGCAAAGUCUGCGGAAAAGGCUUCAGGCAGGCCAGCACGCUCUGCAGACAUAAGAUCAUACACACUCAGGAAAAGCCUCACAAAUGCAGCCAAUGCGGCAAAGCAUUCAACCGCAGUUCUACGCUAAACACACACACGCGCAUCCAUGCCGGCUAUAAACCUUUCGUGUGCGAGUUCUGCGGGAAAGGAUUUCACCAGAAAGGAAACUACAAGAACCACAAGCUGACGCACAGUGGCGAGAAACAGUUCAAGUGUUCCAUCUGCAGCAAAGCCUUCCAUCAAGUGUACAACCUCACCUUCCACAUGCACACACACAACGACAAGAAACCCUUCACCUGCGCCACUUGCGGCAAAGGAUUCUGCCGGAACUUUGACCUCAAGAAACACGUCAGGAAGCUGCAUGACCAUGCCGCCGCCGUUGCUCCCUCACGGACUGCCACGCCGCCACCCAUCAGUUUGCAGCACCCGUGA